AUGAUGGAAACUGUACACCAAAGCCUGGUAAAUCAAUUAUCAGAAAUCACAAUUAAUAAACCAACAGAUAUAAAGUUACAACCUCAAAAUGGUGAAAUAAUGGUUAAAAAAGGUUCAGGUAGAACUAAAAUUAGAAAAGGUCAAACUGAUGCAGAAUAUGGCUCUCAAAAACAACAAUUUCAUAUGGAAGGUCCUAUGUUAAAUACUAAAACUUGGUUAGAAGAACUUGAUGUAUCGAAAAUUGAUCCAAAUAUUAAAAGUGAUCGUGCUAAAUUAGAAUCAUUAACUGAAAGAUUAUACUUCAAGAGAGAUUAUGUUAAAUGUUUAGAAACAACAAAAUUUGCUCUUGAAUUAUUUAAAGAUUUAAAUCAUAAAAAAAUUAAAAAUGAAAUUGAUGAAUUAGAAUAUUUAAAAUCUUCAUGUUCUAAGAAAAUUGAAACUGUUCAAUAA